AUGCAAUCCCAGCAAGACCCCGACCUCGACAGCUUCUCGUACGCCUUUGUCGAGCAGGACGACGACGACGACGACUUCGUCCCCGAGGCCCAGCACCAAGGCGCGCUCUCGUCGGCCGCCAUGGGCUACGCGGACAUCGACCUCUCGAUGGACGCGGCCAUGCUCGCGUCGCUCGACCUCGACGACGACGACGGUGGCAUGCCGGAUGCGCCUGUCGAGCUUCCUAGCCACGCCUGUGCCUACUGCGGCCUGCACGAUCCCGCGAGCGUCGUCAAGUGCGUCUCGACGGACAAGUGGUUUUGCAACUCGCGCGGCAACACGAGCGGAAGCCACAUCAUCCAGCACCUCGUGCGCUCCAAGAACAAGGAGGUCGCGCUGCACCCGGACAGCCCGCUGGGCGAGACGGUGCUCGAGUGCUACAACUGCGGCUGCCGCAACGUCUUUCUCCUCGGCUUCAUUCCGGCCAAGCAGGACUCGGUCGUCGUACUGCUCUGCCGCGACCCGUGCCUCCAAAUGAACGCGCUCAAAGACUUGAGCUGGGACAUGUCGCAGUGGCUGCCGCUCAUCGACGAUCGGUGCUUCCUCCCGUGGCUCGUCAAGGUGCCGACGGAGCACGAGCAGCUGCGGUCGCGCCAGAUCACGGCAACCCAGAUCGCCAAGCUCGAAGAAGUGUGGCGCGAGCACCCCCAGGCGACGCUCGAAGACCUUGACCGACCGGGCGUCGACGACGAGCCGAACGCGGUCCAGGACCGGUACGACGACGGGUACCAGUACCAGAACAUCCUCGGGCCGCUCGUCAAGAUGGAGUCGGACUACGACAAGAAGAUGAAGGAGGCGCAGACGCAAGACAACGUGUUCGUGCGCUGGGACAUUGGCCUCAACAAGAAGCGCAACGCGAUCUUCUCAUCGAGCCGCCCGGACACGGACUUCCGGCUCGUCCCGGGCGACGAGAUCCGCCUUCGCCUCGGGCCGGGCUCGGCCUUGAUGUACGGCAAGGACUGGGAAGGCACGGGGCAUGUCCUGCGCUUUGACGAGUCGGAGGUCACACUCGAGAUGCGCAACUCGCACGUGCCGGUGGACAUUACCGACGGCUACUGCGUCGACUUUGUGUGGAAGUCGACGUCGUUCGACCGCAUGCAGGGCGCGAUGAAGACGUUUGCCGUCGACGACACGUCGCUCACGGGGUACCUCUACCACAAGCUCCUCGGCCACGACGUCGAGAUGCAGACGCUGCGCACCGCGCGGUCGACGGCCACGAUCGGUCUCUCGGUGCCCGGCCUUCCGGAACUCAACCCGUCGCAGCUCGCAGCCGUGAAAGGCGUGCUCACGCAGUCGUUGAGCUUGAUCCAAGGCCCGCCAGGCACGGGCAAGACGGUCACGUCGGCGUCGGUCGUAUACCACCUCGUCAAGCAAAACAGCGGCCAAGUGCUCGUGACGGCGCCCAGUAACAUUGCCGUCGACCACUUGACGGAGAAGAUUUCGGCCACAGGGCUCAAGGUCGUGCGCCUUGCCGCCAAGAGCCGCGAGGCCGUCGCGUCGACCGUCGAGCACCUCAGUCUCCAUGCGAUGAUCAAGGGCCUCGACAGCCCAGACAAGGCCGAUCUGCGCAAGCUCAUGCAGCUCAAGGAAGACCAAGGCGAGCUCUCGUCGCAGGACGAGAAGCGCUUCAAGGCCCUCAAGCGCAACGCAGAGCGCGAGAUUCUUCAGGCCGCCGACGUCAUUUGCACGACGUGCGUCGGGUCAGGCGACCCGCGCUUGGCCAACUUUCGCUUCCGCCAAGUGCUCAUCGACGAGGCGACGCAAGCGACGGAGCCCGAGUGUCUCAUCCCGAUCGUGCAGGGCGCCAAGCACGUGGUCAUGGUCGGCGACCACAUGCAGCUCGGGCCCGUGGUCAUGAGCAAGAAGGCGGCCAAAGCAGGUUUAAACCAGUCGCUUUUCGACCGGCUUUUGCGGCUUCAGCACCGUCCGUUCCGCCUCCGCGUGCAGUACCGCAUGCACCCGUGCCUCUCGGAGUUCCCCUCCAACAUGUUUUACGAGGGCGAGCUCCAAAACGGCGUGAGCACCUCGGAUCGCAUCCUCAAGCACGUGGCGUUCCCGUGGCCCAACCCGCAAAAACCCACGUUUUUCUACAUUUCGCUUGGCGCCGAAGAGAUUAGCUCGAGCGGCACGUCGUACCUCAACCGCACCGAAGCGUCGCACUGCGAAAAGUGUGUGACCCACUUCCUCAAGGCCGGCGUCCAGCCGUCCCAGAUCGGCGUCAUCACGCCGUACGAGGGCCAGCGCGCGUACAUUGUCAACUUUAUGCAGCGCAACGGCCCGAUGCGGUCGCAGCUCUACAAGGACGUCGAGGUCGCGUCCGUCGACUCGUUCCAGGGUCGCGAGAAGGACCUCAUCAUCCUCUCGUGCGUGCGCUCCAACGAAAACCAAGGCAUCGGGUUUCUGAGCGACCAGCGCCGCCUCAACGUCGCACUCACCCGCGCCAAGUACGGCGUCAUCAUUCUCGGCAACCCCCGCGUCUUGGCCAAGCAAGAGCUUUGGAAUGACCUUUUGAACCACUAUCGCGACAACCAGCUCGUCGUCGAAGGCUCGCUCAACAACCUCCAGCCGUCCUAUAUGCAGUUCCCCAAGGUCGAGAAGCCGCGCGCGCGUCGCCAGACCCGCGCGUACGACAACAGCGGCAUGGCGUACACGCGUCAGGACCCCUUGCCGCCACUUGACUCGCGCUUUGACCCGCGCUACGAGGCGUCGCGCCGUGCGCCGCCGCUGCCACCGCGCGCCGGUAGCAACCGCCGCCAGCCCUUUGCGCCCGGUCCGCUCACGCAGCAAGAGGAGAGUGGCGGCUUCCUGAUGACGCAGCAGUCGAUGCUCGAUGGCCCGUUCACGCAAGCCGGUGCAACGCAGUCCUUCUCGCAGUUCUCGACGGGCAUGAGCCAAGACACGUUCGACUACAAGUCGCAGAACAUGCCCAUGUCCCAGGACGUGCACAAGACUGGGUUUUACUGA